GUCUCCGGACCCACCCCCAGCGCAAGGCCGGCUCGUCCACGCCCCAUACACCUGCUAAUCCAGUGAGUAUCGAGGUAACAGCAGUCCCGCCCCUCCCGGGACACCUUAUAUAUCUGUGGCUCGCCAGGCACGGCGCUGGAGCAAAGUUGGCUCGGUUACUCUGUGUUACGCGGAAGUCUUGCUUGGGAAUUAAUUGCAGCGAAACUCCAGAAGGGAAGCAGUUCAGAAGAAUGCUCCUGUUAAUGCUGCUGGCGUCUGUCGUCCCUGUUUGCUAUGGAGGCAAAGCUCGAUCCUUUAUUGGUGAAAUAACUAAUGGCACUGACUUGAUGGUUGAUGAGUUUGUGGAAUCUGUGCUGACCGGUGGAUUGACUACAGUCUUUUUGCCGUUGGUCUACAUUGUAGUAUUCAUCAUUGGAUUGCCCGCAAAUGCCAUGGCACUGUGGGUUUUUGGCUAUCGAACAAAGAAUAAACACCCGGCAGCUAUUUACAUGGCCAACUUGGCUUUGGCAGAUCUCCUGUUCAUUGUCUUGUUACCGUUGAAAAUUUCAUACCACCUGAACGGCAACAAUUGGAUUUUUGGAGAAGCAAUGUGCGAAGUGUUCAUUGUAUUUUUCUAUGGCAACAUGUACUGUUCCAUUUUGUUCAUGACUUGCCUCAGUGUGCAAAGGUACUGGGUUGUUGUGGAACCAAUUUCUCAAGCAAGGAGGAAGAACAGCAUUGCUUACGGCAUCUCCAUUUUCAUUUGGGUACUGAUUGUACUGGGCACAAUACCCUUGUACUUGAACAUUACGCAAACGGCAAAAAUUGUUAACCUUGAUAUUGUAACCUGUCACGAUGUCCUACCUGAAGCAAAGUUGGCCUCUACCAUGUUUGACUACUUUUUGUCUUUGGCUAUUGGGGUAUUUUUAUUUCCAGCAUUGUUGACCUUGACCUCCUAUGUAUUGAUGAUCAAAGCAUUGAAAGCUUCUUCUAAUGAAGAUAGCAUUGGGAAAAGUCGCAAGAGGGCGAUCCAACUCAUUAUCACGGUUCUCAUGAUGUAUUUGAUUUGCUUCACUCCCAGCAAUGUUCUUCUUAUUGUCCACUACUAUAUGAUCAAACACUAUCAGGCCAGCAAUCUUUAUGUCGUUUACAUUAUAAGCCUUUGCCUAUCGAGCAUAAAUAGCUGCAUUGAUCCCUUUGUCUAUUACUUUGUUUCUAAAGACUUCAGAGAUCAUGUUCGAAACACACUCCGCUGCCGCAGUGUGCGAGCUGUUAGAAGUAUCCAGGCCUCAAUUGCCUCCAAGAAAUUUUCCAAACGAUCAUCUUCCUAUACCUCUGCCAGUAAAGUUACUACCACGACAAGCAACUGUUGAUCAUUUGUGUGGAUACAUAACUUGGAUUCCAUGGCACAUGGUGAACUUUUAACACAAAAAGAUAGAGGAUGGGUGCUUGAACACCUGGGAUAGGAAAUCAACUGAGUAUUAAUCCAAUUUGGAAAUAAUUAUCUGCAAUAGUUUCAGAAGUUUCAUUCAAACAAUGGUCAAUGACAUUGCAUGAUAUAUGUAGGAAGGAAUUGCAGGUGCUGGGGUUUAAAUCGAAGAGGGAAACAAAAAGCUGGAGUAACUCAGCGGGGGCAGGCAGCAUCUCUGGGGAGAAGGAAUGGGUGACGUUUUGGGUCGAGACCCUUCUUCUGAACGUCACCUAUUCCUCUCCAGAGAUGCUGUCUGUCCUGCUGAGUUGCUCCAACUUUUUGUGUCUUAUCAUUGCAUGAAAUAACUCGCAUAAUUCAGAGUCAACCUUCUGAACAAAUUCAAAUUUUGUCCUAAUAUAAUUUCAAUGCAAGUGAUAAGUCCAGUAAGAUGUACUGACUUUGUACAUAUAACAUUGUCCAUAUACCACACGAUUGUGACAUUUGUGACGAUUUUGAAUUGUAUCAAUCCUGCAUGUGUCCUUUGUUUUUAUUUCAAUAUAUGUAUAGGGUGUAUAUAUUUUAAAAAUGGUCUGAUAUAUUUAAAUAUUAAGAACAGUCCUGAAUUUUUUUUAAAUAUUUAAUGUUCGACUGGAACAUGGAAAUGUGUCGUUCUUGCUAUUAUUUUCAAGCUUGUAUAUAAACUAACAAAAGCUUUUUAUAUCAUUUUUAUAAGUCUGAAUUUUUUAAAUAUGAACAUUGAAUUAAUCUGUCAUAUAUUCUACCAGAAGAAAAGUCGCUGUGAAAAUAUAGUAAACAAGUGAAUUAUUUGAAAGUGGUCUGAAGAAUAUUAAGUAAACUCAAAAUGUUCUGAUCUUGCCGUGAAGCAUUAGCAUUGAUUGAAUAAAUAUUUUAGAAAGUCA